AAAUGUUAUGCGGGCGAAACCGCAGCUGAAGAAAGCAACCCGUAUCCCUCAGUCAGAUUCCCAUCUCCUUCGUCUUCCAACCCUAGCCCCCCUCCCUCUCUCUCUCGACUUCUCUCUCACCAACGUGAUCUCUCUCUCGCUCUCUCUCUCGCUCUCUCUCUCUCUCACACAGACGGUUGCGUGGGUCUCUCUCUCUCUCGUCGGCCGUAGCUCCAAGAUCAGCUUCGGCGUGGGUCUCCAAGAAGGAGAUAAAAUAAACCCAGUGCUUGGCUUUCUUUGCAACAGGCGCAGAACAACACCAUAUACUGAAGCUGAGAUUAAGAAUCAUACCAACAGAAAAAUCCGCAAGCUUGCCCAUCUUGCAUAGGUGACAAGUAUUAAAUUUGUCAUCGUCUGAGGCCUUCUUUGUUUCCUCUCGACCAGAGUAACCUAGCUCCUACCGCCUCGGUCCAACCCAAGCCCAAAUUCCAGCCACUUCAGCGUUUCCUCAAAAAACACACAGCUAUCAAAACGACUCCGUUUUAUAUAAGCCCUAAACCGCCAUCACGUCUCUACUUUCUUCCCCGAUCCCCUCUUGCCUCUGCUACGCCCCCUCCCAUCCCUCAAUCUCUCAAGCCCAUGCAAACCACUGAUUCUCACCCUACCCUGUGCCGCCACCUAAGCUGCAACCUUCUUAGUCACACGACGCCGCAACCAAGACCCCUUGCUUCGAGCACCAUUCUCCACCGUCCAAGAAAACAAGCCGAACGCCUCGCGGCUCGCCAUUCGUCCUCUGUAGUUGCAGUCGCCGCUGCUCCUCCCGACCAAGAUCACGCUGCCGAGACACUGAACGGUGAAAUUGUAGCAACCUGCCGCACCGCAAGUCCUACCGCCGCCUCCCCUCCGCUUGGUCUUCAUCUUGUUUUCGAUUUUAAAUUCGAUUCCUGUACCGAGCAUUAUAUCGGUGACACUGACAAAACAAGCCACUUGCUUACUGCCGUGUUUCCCCUUGAAUCCACUUGAACCUAAGAUUCUGUAAUAUAAACAAAUCCGAAGAAACAGAAUUGAAAGAUGGCUCGUAAUGAAGAGAAAGCGCAGUCAAUGCUGAACAGAUUCAUCACGCUCAAAGCUGAGGAAAAAAAGAAGCCAAAAGAGCGUCGUCCCUACCUUGCUUCUGAAUGCCGUGACCUUGCUGAGGCUGACAAGUGGCGCCAACAGAUCAUGCGUGAGAUUGGCCGCAAGGUUGCCGAAAUCCAAAAUGAAGGCCUCGGCGAACACCGCCUUCGCGACCUCAACGACGAGAUUAACAAGCUCAUCAGGGAAAAAUCCCACUGGGAACGGCGCAUUGUCGAGCUUGGUGGGCCCAAUUAUACCAAGCAUUCUGCUAAAAUGACAGACCUAGAGGGAAACAUAGUGGAUGUUCCUAACCCUAGUGGGCGUGGGCCUGGAUACCGAUACUUUGGGGCAGCGAAGAAGUUGCCAGGAGUGAGGGAGCUGUUUGAAAAACCUCCAGAGUUACGAAAAAGGAGGACUCGAUAUGAUAUAUAUAAGAGGAUUGACGCAAGUUACUAUGGGUAUCGGGAUGAUGAGGAUGGGGUCUUGGAGAAGGUUGAGGGCCCGGCAGAGGAGAGGAUGAGGGCAGAGGCAGUUGAGGAGUGGAGGAGAGUGGAGGAGGUGAGGAGGGAAGCAAGGAAGACAGUAAAGAGUGGGGAGGUGGUGAGUGUGGUGAAGGAAGUGUUGUUCGAGGGGAUGGAGGAGGAGGUGGAAGAGGAGGAGAGGAGGAAUAGGGAGAAACUGGAGGAGGAGGAGAGGGAGAGGGAAGGGAGAAGGGAGUUUGUGGCACACGUUCCAUUGCCGGAUGAAAAGGAGAUAGAGAGGAUGGUGUUGGAGAAGAAGAAGACGGAGCUGUUGAGUAAGUAUGUGAGUGAGGGGUUGUUAGAGGAGCAGAGUGAAGCAAAGGUUAUGCUUAAUAUUCAGCGCUAGACCCAGUAAGGCUUGGACUCUUUGGUUCUGUAUUUGAGUAGAGUAAGAGCUUUUGUGUACUCAGUUUUAAGCUAAUUAUUGAUGUAAUUAGAGGCUGUAUUUUUUUCUUUUUUAUUUUUUAAUUUCAAUGUCGCUAUGUCAUGCUGCAACGUCUAAAUCAUUGUUUGGAAUUUAUGCUAGCAUUGCUAGUGAGGUUCCUAGAUAACUUGCACAAUUAAGAGUUUGCAGAUACAAAUACCUAUAAAAAAGAAAAGAGUUUGCAGCUACAA